AUGUCCUGUCUUUUGGAGUUAGCUCGAUGCCCGGCCGGAGGAAGUAUCGCGGUGCCGCGCGGGGCUGCUGCCAGGGGGAACUUCGACGCGGUGAUUUGUUGCCGCGCAGUGGCAUACAGACAUGACAGACUACAGGGUGUGGUGUGUGCAGCGCGAGGAGAGCACAUGUGUGGCUGCGAGUGGGGCGGGGCGGAGGGUGGAUGGAUCCCUGAACGCACAUCCCACGCCACAUGCGCCGUGCUUGCUUGCAACCUCUCUGUCUCAGCGGCGCAACUCACGCUACACGCGCCACUCCCGCCGCACCGCCGCAACUCACGCUACACGCGCCACUCCCGCCGCACCAUUGACAGGGACAUGGAUCGGUCGAUAUCCCGGUCAAUUUAUACAAAUAUCUUCAAUUUCACCACCAGCACAAUGAAGCCAACCACUCUCCUCCUCACAGCUCUCCUCUCCGUUCUCUCCCUCACCGCCCAGGGCACCACCGUCUCCGGAUCCAAGUCAGGUGUAGGCGCCGCGCAUCUUCUCCCCCGCCAGCAGGGCGGCGCCUCCCUCCACCACCUCCACCGCCGCAACCCCGCCACCGCGAAAAAGGCGGCCCCAAAGCGGGCCGCCGCCAGGAAGACCACCGCCUCCAAGCAGACAGCCGCAAAGGCGAACACCGGGACGGGGACGAAGAAGGGCGCACAGGCCGGCACCAAGGCGAAGACAGCCUCCGCAAAGGGUAACGCGGGCACCGCAGACACCGGAGCGCUAUGUCUCCUCCCCCAGGCGGGGGGCAAGGCGGGCGCUAAGGGCAGGCUCGGGAAGCGUGGCGAGUGUGGUCUCACCGCUGAACCGACAGUGGGCACAUACUCGCUUGGGAUGAAGUGCUCGGCCGCGAAGAAGGCGAAGCGCAUGACGAGUGUAUUUCUUGUUACCGAUAAUGACCAGUUCUGUGCGCAAGAUUUGGGCCACCGCUACAGCGGAGCAAAGAUCAAGGAGGCGGCGAUCAAUGGGCGUGAUCAGUGGGUCGAGGAGCAGGCGGCGAUACAAAAGUACCUGAAGGAUACAUUGAACCCCUUAAAGAAUGAGGCGGAGAAGAAUGGUCUGAAGAAGGGCGAUCCCGGUUACCCAAAGUUUAACCUCCAGACACGCCGGUACCCAAAGGUGUUCGGGAACGAGAUUGGCGGCACUGGGAGGAAUAGGCUCGACCCCGUCAUCAGCGACGACGAAAUCAAAAACUGCCCGGCCGAAGUUACGAAGAGCGGGUGGGGGACGGUGUGGAUUUUUAUCGAGCAUCCCGUCCUCGAGACCGGCGAGGUCUUCGAUUCGAAACUUAACAAGAAUCAGAGGCCGGAGUCGGAUCGGGCUCUGUUUGUCCUUGAGCUGGCAACUUCAAAGAUUAAGUGUGUGUGGCUCAUUACACACGUGAGCAUGGAGAACAAUGCAGUCAGGGCGGGAUAUAGGGUACCUGCACCCAAAUAG